AUGUCUAAAUGGUCAGUUGAAAAUGUACCGUUUAACCGAACCAUGACUUGGUAUAAGGCUACAUUCAAGUCUCCCUUGGGAAAUGAUCCAGUUGUUGUCGAUCUUAUGGGACUUGGAAAAGGUACAGCUUGGGUCAAUGGAAACAACAUUGGGCGUUAUUGGCCGGCAUUCAUUUCAAGCGGAAAUGGUUGUGAUGCAAAAUGUAAUUAUAGAGGUGCUUAUCAUGCUGAAAAAUGUCUGACCAAUUGUGGAGAACCCACACAAAGAUGGUACCAUGUUCCUCGUUCUUUCUUGAAUGCAGAAGGAGAUAACACACUAGUUUUGUUUGAAGAGAUGGGAGGAAACCCAUCGCUUGUCAGUUUCCAAACUACUAGAGUAGGAAGUGUUUGUGCUAACGUCUACGAAAAAACAAUUAUUGAGCUUUCAUGCGACAGAAAACCCAUUUCUGCCAUCAAAUUUGCAUCCUUUGGUAACCCAGAUGGCAAUUGUGGAUCUUUUGAAAAAGGAACUUGUGAAUCAAGUAAAAACACGGCCGAUAUUCUCACACAAGAAUGUGUUGGAAAAGAGAAGUGUUCCAUUGAUGUCUCAACAGAAAAGUUUGGUGCACCAGAUUGCAGUGGUGCUCCUAGAAGGCUUGCAGUCGAAGCUAUAUGUUAA